AUGCCAUCAGGUGACGGGAAGAGUGACAUGGAGCGUCUGGGUGUCUUUAAGGAGAUGAGCUACAUCUCUGUUGGAGACAAGUACACUCCACCCGUUAGCAGCCCAUUCAAUGAAUCAGCGUAUCGCAGCCGGCAGAUGCAGGCGGGUGUCGCAGCACAACGAUGUGCCCUGCAGAGCGGCUUUUUCGACAAGUCCUUCAAACGGAUUUUUGAACGAGAGGCGCUAAGUGACCCGUUGAGAAUAGCCCGACAGCAACGCAUCCAGCAGGCCAGGAAGAACCUGAGCAAGGCUUUCCUGCCCUGUAACGGGGUCAAGACGCCCUGUGGUUCAGGGAGUUACUAUGGGACUCUGUCAGGACCCAUUGAAGCCAUGAGUCCAUUGUCAGUCACCCAGAAAGGUCAUCGCUUACCGGGACGCAACAUCACCACGUCACCGCCGAAGAAAGGCAGUGGUUACAGCUAUCCCAACGUAACCCUGUCCCAAAUGGAGCUGUAUGCAUCAGAUCCAUACGACAGAGCCACAGAAGUACUGAAGAAGGAGUCAGCCAUCCAUCGCUCCAAGCUCAGAGAUGGACCGUUCAAGCUUAACCUUCACCCGAGAGAUUAUUUUCAAGUCAAUCCAUACCGCAGUGACAAGCCUCUCCCGCCUGCACAUAAACCCCACCCACCUGCACAGAAAAGCUCUCCAGUUCCCUUCAAGCCUUCAUCCCCCAGCAAACAGAUUGGAGGAAUGAAAGCAGGGACGUUUGAUACUUAUCCCUCACAUUCUGCUGAUCCAUAUGUCAUUCGGCGGUCCAAACCAGCCAAUCAAGAGCCAGUCUUUCACCCUGCUCCUGGUCCAAAGAGCACACCUGUCAAGAGUAUCAUUACUGUCAACGUUAACAGGAGAGUGCACUCAGCAAAGUACCCUUCCACCAUCCCAGCAGUGAUGACCUUCUGACUACAUUAUUGCACCAACACUGGCUGACUUUUCUAUCUGUUGUGUACUGCACCUGGGAGGUUCUUAGAGACAGGAUGCUUUUAAAACUUGUAUUUUCCAACAUGA